ACCAAUGAUCAGCUCGCAUUGAAUUCUGGCGUCCAACAUGCAUCGACCAAUGGGUACUGAGAGGUAUGAGAUGCUCGUGGGGGCGAUCCUAGUCAGCACAUCCUCCGAUAUUACCUGCCUGAUAACUGAGAGGGGUAUUGAACUAUCUGUGGGAAGACAAUCCAUGCAUCCAUCACCCCUCAUCACCCGCAGAAUAUGCAUUCGGACGCUUUCGUCGAUUGCAGGGGUUGCUUGCAUUGGGCAGCUUCGCAGCGAUUGAAUACAAAAAAUGCAGUAGUGAAAGGCUGACUGCUACAAUAUCCCCGGUGGCGGUCACACCACUAAGUGCUGUGUGCUCUGUCCUGCGUCGUAUAACUUGUUACACCAACAGUCGCGACCGAUCGAAAACCAGAGCCCUUUUCUUGGGGCCACUCUUGCACACCCGCCCAAUCCUUUUGCGAAAUUCGGUGCAUGCCUCGUCCGCGACACUUCAACUCGACCACUGUUUGAUGCUACUAUAUCGGAGAUCGCUACUCAUACACCACCAAAAGUCACUGCAACAACCCAAUGUCUCGCCACUCGAUAGAGCUUUCGGUGAACGACAACCUCCCAGUCAAAGAUAUAAAUGACCACGACCCGAACUCCAUUGGGGUUCCCGUUAGUGAGCAGGGGGUGCCGACUCCAUAUUCGCAGUUCACCAAGAUAGAGAAGCGGCUGAUUGUUGCGCUGAUCACUUUUGCGGCAACAUUCUCGCCCCUCUCAUCGUUCAUUUUCUUCCCGGCCAUCAACGCUUUGUCCAGCUCACUCCAGGUCUCGGUUGAAAAGAUCAAUCUCACGGUUACUUCCUACAUGAUUGUGGCAGGCAUCGCCCCGGCAGUCAUUGGCGACAUGGCUGAUACGUCCGGGAGGCGAGUGGCAUAUCUGACGACGGUAGGCAUAUAUUGCGCUGCAAACGUUGGGCUGGCAGUGCAAAACAAUUGGACAGCCUUGUUCCUCUUGAGAAUGUUACAGAGUGCCGGCGGGGCCGCUACUAUUGCAAUGGGAUACGGAGUCGUAUCGGACAUUGCCACGCCCUCGGAAAGAGGGGGCUUUGUUGGUCAGUUGCUGCUAGGACCGAAUUUUGCGACGGCCAUUGGUCCUCUACUUGGCGGAGUCUUGGCUGCAAAGCCCGGCUGGCGCUGGAUUUUUGGGGUUCUUGCAAUCGCCUCAGGGACGUGUGUGCUGUUGAUCGCCUUACUGUUGCCCGAAACUUCGCGCUCGAUUGUGGGGAAUGGAUCCAAAGGAGUCACAGGCCUUCGGACCGCAUUCAUCCUGCAUCUGAUAACAGGAAAAAAGAGGAAAACUCCCACUGCUACCGAAAACAGCCAUACUGCAGGGCUGGACCGCGGAGCUUCGCGCAGGUGUUCUAGGAUUCCCAACCCGCUCGCGAGUCUGAAAAUGCUAUUGGCGAGCGACACCAUCUUGAUAACUCUGAUUUACGGGAUCAACUACACAAACUUCAGCUGCUUACAGGCCUCCUUGUCAACCCUUGCCAUCGAUAUCUACCGGGUCUCUCAGCUUCAAGCAGGCCUUAUUUACCUUCCAUUUGGGAUCGGAUCAUGCGUUGGGGCGUACUUGUCGGGACCAAUCAUGAAUCACGACUAUCGUGUCGUAGCACGGCAUUGCGGUAUCACGAUAGACGCAGUCCGGGGUGAUGAUAUGACCAGUUUUCCAAUCGAAAGAUCUAGAUUUCGGACCAUCUGGUUUCAUUUAGGAGUGACAGCUAUAGGAACGGCCGGAUAUGGAUGGUCUCUGCAAUUGAAAACGCAUAUCUCCGUACCGCUGGUCAUACAGUUCAUCAUCGGAGCAACGUUGGCUAUUACAUUCAACUUCUGUGGCACGCUAUUGGUUGACAUUCAUCCAAAAUCUCCAGCUGCUGCACAAGCUGCCAACAACAUCGUUCGAUGCUCUCUUGCCGGCGUUGGGCUAGCCGUUCUAGAUCUAAUACUUCGACAUUUAGGAGUAGGCUGGACGUUCACUUUAUUGGCAGGAUUGACAGCGGCUUGUCUGGGUAUCGCUUGGCUAGAGUGGAGAUAUGGACAGGCUUGGAGAGAGAGCCUUCGAGCAAAAGGGAUUGAGCGUUAG